CGGAACCUUAGCUGCGAAACGUUCUUUUCCUGUCGGAAUGUUUGUAUUGCAAGGACUGUCAACAAGAAGCUGCACAGCGCAGACAGUGUUAGUGUUGCACGGAUGACACGCGAUAAUAAUCUUCUGAUUCGUGUUUUAUAAAGUCGUUUUGCUGGGAGUGGAAAUCAAUGGAUCUGCAGGAGUUCAGGGAGCGCUGGAAGAAAGAGGUCCGAGAGAGAGAGAGGAAUUCGCAGGCAGGGGGAGAUGCAGAGCAUCACAACAGGAACCUUAAAACUUCAGACGGGACGCUAGAUAAAGCAACUGGGGACUCAAGAAACACAGACACGUUUCCAAACAGAGAGGGACAUCAGAAAAGCAGCGGUGCAAACGCACAUUCUAGCGCAUUACAGGGGACGUCUCAUCAGAGCUCAGUCAGCGACAACGAAACUGCUGAAAAGCGGUUCCAGGAAACGGGGUCACUUACCAUCAACGCUGAACACACGAACAGGAUGGUUGGAUCGGGAUUCAGUGAUAACAGUAAACAGAGUUUGGUUUGUAAAUGCGGUGCCCCGGGCAACAGCAUUGCAAGCGGACCAGCGCAUCUGAGAGAGGACGCUGGUUCAGGCUGCAGUUGUCGGCUCAGAUUAAACCGCGGUGGGAGCUCGUUUUCGGGUUCUGGUUCUGAAUCCGAUGUGCAGCGCGGCUCCUCUAAUCUAAAAGCAGCAAGCGAAACGCCCCGGUUAAGCGAGGAAUCACAGAGUGGGACCAGUUUAAGGACUUGUCGUAACCAGCAGGUCGGUUCUGAGGAUCAGCCCGAAUAUAUUUCAAUAGCAGAGAGCUUGCUCGAAGGCAGAACUAGUCCUUUGCGGGACAGGAUCGAGGUGGAGAGGUCAGCGAGGAAGAAAAGACACGCUGAAAAUGUGGCAGGGCUGUCAACUCCUCGUCCUGUCCACCCACUUCAGCAACAACCCCUGUGCAAAGUUCACAAAACAGAAACCUUGGUAGAUCAGUUAAUACAGGACUUGAAUGAAAUCAAUGACAUUCCCUUCUUUGAUGUGGAGUUGCCCUAUGAGCUGGCACUGAAGAUAUUCCAGUACCUGGACAGGAGAGAGCUGGGAAGGUGUGCCCAGGUGAGUAAGGUGUGGAAGGUCCUUGCUGAAGAUGAGGUGCUGUGGUACAGGCUGUGCCUGAAGGAGGGCCACCUGGCUGGGGCAAGUGUCUCUGACUCCCCCUGCUGGAAAGGCACACUGCGAGACUGCAGGCAGAUGCAGGACACGCUUCGAUCCAACUGGAAGAACCGAGUUGGGGAGGUGAGGCAGCUGCAGUAUGAACUGGGCAAGGUGCUGUGUGAUGCCAGCUCUAGCAACGGACUUGUCAUAGCUGGGUACACGUCCGGCGAUGUCCGCCUGUGGGACACUCUGAACUGGGAUUCUAGCGCCUCCUAUCUGCAGCCGAGCCACAUUGCUGUUGAGACUGUGCUGCGGCCACAUGUCACCCACGUCAGGGUGAAUGGAGCUGUGGCCGUCGCAGCCUAUGAGGAUGGCAUUGUGGAUGUGUGGAGCACCGAGGCUGGUCGAGAGCCUGUCCAUCAUUACCAGCACCUGCAGAGGGUGCAGGGCCUUGCCCUGGGGGCAGAGGGGGCCAUUGUGGCAACGGCCUCCGGCACCCAAGUGCGCGUGGAGCGCCCGACUGACAAGGGCUACUGGGAGACAGCAUCCCAGUGCGAACUUCAGAAGCCAGUUGAGUUUGUACAGCUGCUCCCCCAGACAGACGGGGGUCUCUUGGCUGUGGCUGCUGCUGCCGACACUGUCUACCUCCUGCGGCCCGGGCAGGAACACGGCGUCCUCCACUGUGUCUAUGGACAUCCUGUCACCUGUCUGGACACCUCGUCCUCGCUGGCAGCUGUGGGGGUCAAGAGCCAUGGGUGGACCAUGAACGCUGGCAAUAAGAUCCAGGUGUACUGCUUACAGACUGGCCAGGCAGUGGUGGAUCUGGGGAAUUCGGCUGAAGAUUUUACCUGCGUGAACCUGAAGGACAGCCCCCCCAACCUCCUGGUGUCUGGUAACAAGGACAGGCGGGUGCGAGUGUUCGACCUGAGGACAGGGAAGUCCGUGGUGUCUUUGUACGCCCAUCACCUGGGUGUGUCUGCCGUGCAGACCGACGACUGGAAGAUAGUGAGCGGGGGGGAGGAGGGGCUGCUCUGCCUCUGGGAGAUGAGAAUGGGAGCUAAGCUUUGGGAGAUGCAUAACAGGCACCCUGUCCGUCACGCCCGCUUCAACACACACACUCUGGUGACGGCCAACAUCCCAGACGAGAAAACUCCCAGAGGAGCGUGCAUCACCGACGAUGACCUGACUGCGCACCGCAGGCACAGAGGCGUGAUCUUCAUGUAUGACUUCUCGGUGGACACGUCAGCCUCCGAUCACGUCCUUCCCAUCUGCAAGUCGAGCUACGCAGAGUCCACUGGCUACAACUACAACAUCGGGCUAGCAGUGCCAUAUGACAAGCUCCUGGCAGAGCCUGGCUCAGCACUGUAACAUCCCCAGAGUGUGUACAGAAACCAAACCCGUCCGGGGCAGUGAGGCUCUAGAUAGCUCACUCAGCCUGUGUGAGACUAGCCUGGCACCCUGCAACGACCACCGAAACAGCGUGUGUACGAUUUUCCUUCAGAAGGAGCGUUUUAUUUUAAAUUGAUCUCAUUGUUUUAAAAAUAUUUAAUUUUAAGACUUUGUUCUGCAUUCCCAACUAGCUACUGUUCUUGUAACACCUAAAAAAAAAAAAAAAAAAACACAUCAUUACUGUAUUUUUAUAUGUGCUAUUGGACAGAUACCUGCACGGUUGAAAAGCCAGCGAGUGCGUGUGCGCAAUUCAAAUUGCAGGUAUGCAUUUAAAAAGAGAAAUCUGUGAUGUGCAGGAAGAAGGGUCACUGUAGAUACAGGUUGUGUUAUAGUUUGGAUGUAGCUAAUACCUGUAUUUUCUUUCUCUUUUUAUAAUAUUGACAGUACACAACCUCUUUAAAUAAUGAUUAAACACUAUGGGCAGUAUUUUCAAAGCGGUUUUGAAAGGAGAAAAUUCCAUGUAAAUGAUAUAAAACUGAGAAGCAAGCGGCUUUAAUGUUUAUUCCUAUCAAUAGCCAUGCAUCGUGGUACUUGAGUUAUCUGGUUCUACUUAAUGAAAGACUGAUGUAAACGCUUUGAAAAUAUAGCCCCAAGUCAUUUGAUACACUGCUAAAGUGGUCAGCUGUGUUCUAUUUCAGUAUAUUACUGUACGUUCAUCAUGCAUUCUGAACAGGUAUACUUGCACAGACUACUUUUUAUACAGAGCAGUGCCUUUCCUCUUUGUUUGUGUAUUUUCACUGCAGCAGCCCUUUUGGGAUUAAAGGAAGCCUCCAGAUGUUUUAUGGUUUAGAUUACAUGCAUCUCAUUGUCUCGAGUCCAGUUUAACUGCCUUUCAUGCCUUCAUGUAGGGCAGGAUUUUUCAUCUAUAUGGCUGAGUGUGCAACCCAUACAAUUCUGAAUAAUUAGAAAACACCCCCUAAAGCAGAAACACUAUUUCCCAAUUUAGCAAGAAAGGCUCAAAUAUAUUUGUUAGUUGUUACCAAUUCUGUGGAUACUGAAAGACGUGUUUCUUCAUAUGGACACGUUUUCACAGAGCAACGUCAAUCCAUGAAAGAAGACCGGGUUAACAAACUGACCAUGCUGGAGUUUACCAGCAAAGUAUAAUGACAAGAACAGAGAGUGGGUUUUAUAAAACAUAAGUAACUCUUAUGGGCUUCUUAUGCUCAACUUUUUAAAUUUUUUUUGUUAUAUUCAAAUAACAAAACAAAGAAAAAAUAAAUAAACACAGCUUACAUAUGUUACAUAAUCAAUCAAAUACCCAGAUUCCAGUAAAUGGUUAUAAUACCUCUAAUGUUCAGGGAUCAGUGCUAGAAAUGGGAAAUCUAUUAAAAAAACAAACAAAAAACAAUAUCUUCUCUCUUCUGUUGAUGAAAUAUAUAUUUGUGCCUGUGAGAUCCAGAUAUCCCAAAAAAAAUUAAAUAUUUUUUUUACGUAGUGAUUUGCGUAAAAGUGUACUGGUAAAUUAAAACCUAGAACUAAUAUAGAAAAAAACGGCUUUUUAAAUUGCUGUUCUGCGUAUUCACAGGG